AAAUCACACACAUACAAGCUCCUCCCUCUCUCUCUCUCUCUCUCUCUCUCUCUGUCACACACACGCGCGCACACACUUUUUCACUCAGAGAGAGAGAGAUUUAGAAAGUGGACUCUGCACCAAAGUAUGUGUGUCUGUGUAGCAUUUGACCACGGAGGACGAGUUACUGGAUAUACCAUAUAAACUGUGUGUUUGUGCAUACAAGUGUGUGUGUGGAGGAUGGAGGCAUCAGAAGUUCACGAGGAAGCAAAGGAGAAGAAGAAGAUCCACUUUGCUGUCCCUUCCACAGCCCAGACUCAGCUCGACCCGCGCCAGGUGGAGAUGAUACGCAGACGGAGGCCAACGCCUGCCACACUGUUUCGAGUCGCUGACCAGCCGUGUCCAGAGGACGACUACACCACGGGUCAGUGGGUGGUGGGUGAGAACGGAGUCCUGAGACCAAAGCGCAUCAAUCCCAACGUCUACCAGCCUCCUUCACUGAAAGCUGUUCAGCAGAUGGCUGAGGCUCACAUGCAGAAGUUGGGUGUUUUUCCUCACAUGGAGGAGGACGGAGAGGAUGAAGAGCGAGUGUUAAGGUUUACUACCGAUUCACAGACAGAGACGAGCUCGAGUGACGACCCGAGUAAACCACUGAGCAGCACCAGAACUGACGAGGAGGAGGAAGUGAAGGAGGAGGAAGAGGAAACAGCAGAUGAGAAAGAUGGAGCAACAGACGGAUGAAAAAGGAACCACAGAGGAGACGAUUGAGUUUAAACCGAAUCAAGCAAAGGGAGGAAAAGAAGUGUGUGGGGGUGUAUUUUGUGGGGGGGGGGGGUGCGUGCGUGUGUGCUUUUCCUCUGAAUAAGCUCUCUUUACCAAUUCCCACGUCCAGUCCAUUUAUACAUAUAUGCAGUGUGCGCACACACACACGCGCACAAAAGACUAGGUCAUAGAUCAAAAUAUAAAUAACUACAAAUAUUUUGGAAAAUAUGUAAGUUAUUAAAUAAUUAGGUAAUAAAGUGAGAUUGUGUGUAUGAGUAUUAGAAUAUUAUUCUCACCACUGUACAAGUCCACACCCAGUCAAAUAUUUUUGUCUCAUUUGUUGAACUAUUCUUUAUCUACUUUAAGGACUUGUGUGAAAGUCUGAUGAUGCUUUCAAUCAUAUUUAUGCAAAUCUGUAAAAUAUAAAUGGACAUAGAAAAUUCAAAAGGGUUCACAAACUUUCGAGCACCCCUGUAUGUUCUUAGAGUAUCCUUGUUUUUGAUAUAAAGUCUGUUACAUUCUGAUCAGAUGAAUGAACUCGCUUUAUGGUACGGAUUUGCAUGUCGUUGCCACUUGGCAACAUUUACAUUUUAACAUUUUACAAAAGUCGCAUUCCAUCUGAGCUUGUUUUAUUGGUCAAAAUUAAAUGUUAACUUCCCACA